UGAAUAGACGCCCCCAUGGGCCGACUGGCCUGCAAGUCUAGACGGGCCGAAACAGAAAAGGGCGGGUACUGGGCUGCACAGAUGAAUUCGGACCAACAGCACCGAUGCCUCUGCAUUUUUCUUCUGCUCCCGCCGCGAUUCGUCGUCGGUGUCUACCCAACUGGCAUGUCGUCCCACCGGAUAAGCCGCGGGCCCACACGAUCGCCUCUAUCCUCUCGUCGGCUCGUCCCCAACCCCAACCCAACACAAAACCACACGGCCAGCAGCGCGCGCGCCAACCACCUCACCGCAGCGCCACCGCCGCCGCAGCGCGUCACGGGUCCGCGGCCCUACACCGCGACCAUGUUCCCGCCCCUCCUCUCGCGCGCGCCGUCGUCCCCUCUCCUCACCGCCGCGUCCACCUCCACCACCGCCUCGCCGCCGGCGGCGCUGAGGCUGCAGCCGCCGCCCAGCAACAGCAAGCCGCCCGUCGCCACGGCGCUGGCCGCGGCGGCCGCGGCGGGGCUGCUGCUUCUCUCCCCCGCGCCCGCCCCCUCCCGCGCGGACCCGGAGUUCACGGUGUACUACGGGACGGCGGCGAGCGCGGCCAACUACGGCGGGUACGGCGGGAACGCGAGCAAGAAGGACACGGCGGAGUACGUGUACGACGUGCCGGAGGGGUGGAAGGAGCGGCUGGUGUCCAAGGUGGAGAAGGGCACCAACGGCACGGACAGCGAGUUCUUCAACCCGCGGAAGCGGGCGGAGAAGGAGUACCUGACGUUCCUGCCGGGGAUCCGAGCGCUGGCGCCGCUCGGCGCCGUGCUCGACAACCUGGCGCUCUCCGACGUCGGGCUGCAGGACCAGAUCGCGUCCGCCGACGAGGUGACGUCGGCGGAGCGCGCCGACGGCGCCGGGCAGGUGUACUACGAGUACGAGGUGGCCGGCGCCGGCGCGCACAGCCUCAUCUCCGUGACGUGCGCGCGGAACAAGCUGUACGCGCACUUCGUCACCGCGCCCAGCGCCGAGUGGGGCCGCGACGAGGCCGUGCUCCGCCGCCUGCACGAGUCCUUCAUGACCAUCCAGCCCGGCGCGCCGCCGCCGGCCACCGAGAGCUAACUAGCAUCGGCGAUCGAUGCGGCUUUGCAAUUGCAGGUAAGGGUGCGCAUCUGUAUGAGGGGAAGGGGAGAUGGAGCUAGCAAGAAACUGAACUGAGAAGAACAAUGUGAUUUUGCGGUGUAAUAUACUGAUUAAUCAGUUUUGUAUAGGAUGGAAUUGGUUUGCCGCGGCUCCGUCUGUUUCUCAAACAGAAGAAAGGUCUGAACUCUGAA